AGGAGCAACUCGUCUGCCGUCCAUCUGUUUUUUGCAAAGAUGUCUUCGUCAACUGAACCUGUGCAUUUAUGGCUCCGUGCUGAAACCAAAAAGAACGAGCGCAGGACAGCUCUUACGCCUACAGUCUGCAAAAAGCUUCUUGCCGCAGGUUUUAAGAUUACUGUCGAGAAAUGCACAGAACGUAUAUUCAAGGACCAGGACUACGUUGAUGUCGGCUGUGAGCUUGUGGAAACAGGAACAUGGCGAACGGCUCCUGCGGAUGCCUACAUUGUUGGCUUGAAGGAACUCCCAGAGAAUGACACAACCCCCCUUCCUCACAAGCACAUAAUGUUUGCCCACUGUUACAAACAGCAGGGCGGUUGGAAGGAUGUCCUUGGCAGGUUCGAUCGUGGGCACGGCUUGCUUUUGGACCUUGAGUUCCUUCAGGAUGAUAAAGGACGUCGUGUGGCUGCUUUCGGUUAUUACGCUGGUUUUGCGGGAUCUGCAAUUGGUAUUGAUGUCUGGAGCCAUAAGCAAUUGAACGGGGAUGAGAAGUACCCAACCGCCAAGCCCUUUGAGCACGAGAAUGACUUGAUCAAAUUUGUCAAGGAACGAUUGGACGCUGCUGCCAAGAAGGCCGGCCGAUUGCCACGAGUGAUGGUAAUGGGAGCCUUAGGCCGAUGCGGAACUGGUGCUGCCGAUUUUGCCCGUCGAGUUGGCAUUCCCGAGGAGAACAUUAUUAAGUGGGACAUGGCCGAAACGGCAGCUGGUGGACCUUUCCGUGAGAUCACCCAACACGAUGUUUUUGUCAACUGCAUUUAUCUCUCAAAGCCCAUCCCACCAUUCUUGACCAAAGACCUCUUGGCCGAAAAGGAUCGCCCACUCUCUGUACUGGUGGAUGUCAGCUGCGAUACAACCAACCCUCAUAACCCUAUCCCAGUCUACCAUGAUGCCACCACAUUUGACGAGCCUGUCCUUGUUGUCGAUGUCCCUAAUGCUGCACCAUUGGAUGUCGUUGCCAUUGAUCACUUGCCAACACUUCUUCCUCGGGAGGCCAGCGAAAUGUUCUGCAGUGACCUACUCCCGAGCAUAUUGGAAUUACGUGAUCGCAAGAAUGCGCGAGUCUGGACGGAUGCGGAAAAGCUGUACCAACAGAAGGUCCAGGAGAUGAAGCAAGCAUUGUAGUUUAAAUCUGCGUACGUAAGAUUGAAAGCUUGGAUAAGGAGACUAUUCACAUAGUAUGAUGAUUGAAAGAAAGAAAAUCAACAUGAUAAAGCAGUAAUAGACCACUCAACAUCUCUAUAUAUACGCUGUCUACACUUCUCGAGAUAUCUAACAGCUAAUUAACAACCAAUGCUACAGAUUCUCAUCUUCGCUUCUGACGACUCUUCUUGGCCACAUUUACAUUCUUCCUUCCGUGCCCAAUAGUGGGCAUUCCCCCCCUAUGAGAACCAGUUUUCCCAUCCAAUGGAACGAAA